CCUUCGCCGCCUCCGCCGUCGCCUAGAAGGUUUGAUAUGGAGUUGAGGCUGGAUGAGCCGUCUGCACGGAUUAGUGGUGGUGGAAGUCCCAGUCCUCCUCCCUCACCGCCUCCUCCAUCCCCGAGAAGGUGCAACGUGGAGUCGAGACUAAACAACGAGACCACGCGGAUCCGUGGUGGUGGAAGUCCCAGUCCCCCUCCGUCCCCACCUCCGCCGUCUCCGCGUAGGUUUAACACGGAGUCGAGACUGAACAACUUGUCUACGCAGCUUAGCGGUGGCUCCCCCAGUCCUCCUCCUUCACCACCACCUCCAUCCCCACGCAGAUUCAAUGUCACGAGACUGAACAACCCGACCAUGCGGAUUAGUGGUGGUGGUUCUCCCAGCCCUCCUCCCUCGCCACCAACUCCGUCCCCAAAGAGGUUCAAUGCUGAGUCGAGUCUGAGAGCUAUUUCUACUGAUCUGUACAACAACCUGGCCACGCGGAUCAGUGGUGGCGGCACCCCUAGUCCUCCUCCUUCACCACCGCCUCCAUCACCACGUAGGUUCGCAACGACGCAGCAAUCCGAACCCAUUCCGUCGCCUGCAAUCCCUCCUGUCAAGAUUCCACAGCCUACUAUGCCCGAUCUAGAGGAUAUCGUGCGGUUGGGCGAGGGAGGUGGUGCUGGAACUCCCCAGCCUCCCCCUAGUCCACCCCCUUCGUCGCCAAGUAGGCAUUCUACGCUCGAGCAUGAGUGGAACGAAUUCCUAGUUCGAUUUGGAGAGGGUGACGGAGCGCGUACGCCUACACCUUCACCCAGUCCGCCUCCUCCAUCGCCGAGUCUGCACGCUGUCACCUGCGCUUAAGUGGGAUUCUGAGAAAAUGAGGGCGAGAUGGAAUGGAACGUGUGUAUGGUUGUAAGAUGCGGAAACGAUCCGAUUAAUCUAAUUACUGAUGAG